AUGUCUGGACGCGGCAAGCAGGGCGGCAAGGCGCGCGCCAAGGCCAAGACGCGCUCCUCUCGGGCCGGCCUGCAGUUCCCGGUGGGCCGCGUGCACCGGCUGCUCCGCAAGGGCAACUACGCCGAGCGGGUGGGCGCCGGCGCCCCGGUGUACCUGGCGGCCGUGCUCGAGUACCUGACGGCCGAGAUCCUGGAGCUGGCGGGCAACGCGGCCCGCGACAACAAGAAGACGCGCAUCAUCCCGCGCCACCUGCAGCUGGCCAUCCGCAACGACGAGGAGCUCAACAAGCUGCUGGGCAAAGUGACGAUCGCGCAGGGCGGCGUGCUGCCCAACAUCCAGGCCGUGCUGCUGCCCAAGAAGACCGAGAGCCACCACAAGGCCAAGGGCAAGUGAGAGCCAACCCGCUACCCACGACAGCGAUCAACCAAAGGCUCUUUUCAGAGCCACCCACAGUUUCAAAGAAAGAGCAUGGAAUUCUUAGACUACUUGGUUAUAUACAGAAUGGUCUCAACCAUGAGAACCAUUAACUUUAAAAACGUCACGUGAAGUCUGGAAGCACUACUAAGUGAAACUUAAUAGCAUAAUGGAAAGUUUACAACGUGUCUGUAGAUGUGUUCUUAGAAAGUCCUUUCUUUAAAUGAAGACCGAUAUACAAAACAUCUAAAGUUACUAAAAAUACACCUCACUCUUAU